CUCGCUUCAGAACUUGAAGGGGGCUGAAGCAUAGGAACCAAAUGUUCAUUGUUGUUCUUAGCCGGUUAAGUAUCUCUGACGCACUCAAAUGUUCCGCCAACUGAAAGAUUAGCAAUUUUAGCAUUAGCCGAUCAAAGAGCGAGCAUGUUGUCGUCUUAAACUAGUUGUGUGUGCACUCAUUAAUGAAACACCGUGUGUGUUUUUCAAAUUGUUCAUUAAAGAUAAAGAAAUAUAAUUUUACCGUAUGCACGCUUGUCGUAUUCUCGGUUUGUAAUAUUUUUCUGCAGCUACAGUGUUUCUUUUUUUGCGAACUCGAGCGGAGUGUUACCUAGCAAAAUACGGCUUUACGGUAACGGUUUUUUUUAAUAUUGGCAUUGCACCUGUUGUCGGUAUGCGUUACUAAUGUGCAAACAGUGCAAGUGCAAACUCCACAUUGGAAAAAAAAACAACCCUAUCUGCAGUGCCAGCAUCUGAUCAUCACAGGCCCACGGAAUGGCUGCUGCAGGACCUGCAGCCGGACCAAGCACCUCUAAAAAUGAUAUAGAUAUAUACAGUGACCUCAAUCAAAACGAUGAGGAUUUGGAAGCAAAUGAACUUUUUGAUGCAGUUCUAACUGGUUCAGUUAAUCAAGACAAGAACAUCUCUACUACUGUGGCUCCUUCUACGAAGACAUCAGCUCAGGAGGACAAUAAAUCAACAGGAGUGACAACCCAAAAAGGAGGAAACUCACUUAGGAAACUGUCAUUGUAUAUUGGAAAUUUCCCCUGGUGGACAUCUGACAAGGACAUUGUCAGCAUGGCCCAGAGGCUGGGUGUGAAGGACAUCACAGAGAUUAAAUUUGCUGAGAAUAAAGUUAAUGGCCAGUCAAGAGGUUUUGCUGAGGUGGUGGUGACCUCAGAAGAAUCACUAAAAACAUUGUUGGAAAAAAUACCUCGGUGUGAAAUCAAUGGGGAAAGGGUAGACUGUCGCUUCGCCACUCGCCAGAACCUCAGUGUUUUUGAGGAAAUAGCAAAUAAACGUAUUCCCUUGCGUGUUAAUUCCAAAGAGUCGAAGGAACCAGAACCUACUGAUAAGAUUCCCUCAUUAUUAUCUCAGAAGCCCAGUCCUCCCCCUAUACCUCCACUUCUUCCAUCACAUCCACUUGUAAACAGAUUUCCUUCAUUACCAGCCCCUUGUCUUGGUCAGCCGCCUCCGCUGUUCCCACAUUUGCCACCAACAAUCCCUCCGCCAAUGCCACCAAGUUUGUUCCCCUGUCAUCCUGUCCACGUCCCCAGCCAACCAUCUCCAAGUCUGCAUAUAAAUCCUGCAUUCUUCAAUACAGCACAAGAUGGGCACAGCAGCAAGGCUUACAACCAACAAAAACACACACCUCGAAGUGCAGAAGGAGAUUUCGAGGAGCUCAUGAACAGAAAUAAAGCUAUUACCAGCAGCGCUAUCACCAAGGCAGUGUCUGGAGCAACAGCUGGAGACAUGCGGGUGGCCAUGGAAACAUUACUGACCGCCAUCGCCAUUAUUAAGCAGUCCAGAGUGUAUGGAGAUGAACGCUGCCAAGCCUUGGUCACCUCGCUCAAAGACUGUCUCGUCUCUAUCCAGGGCAACUAUGGCUACAAGACGAGCAGUCGUUCCAGAGAAAAAGAAAGAGACCGGGACAGGAGUCGUGACAGAGAACGAGAAAGAGCUCGCGAGAGAGACCGUGACAGAGAACGUGAGAGAGAGAGAGACCGCGACAGAGAGCGUGAGAGAGAACGUGAAAGAGAACGUGAUAGAGAAGAUUCUUAUGGCUGGGAUGGUGUGGGAAUGUCUCGAAGACACAGAGAGCAUUCCUGGAAUGAAGCGAGAGACAAGGAACGCUCAAGAGAACGAGAAAGGCACAGAGAUCAUAGAGACCGGUACCGCUAACUUAGAUUGGUGGAGUUACUAUGUGUGAAGCAGAGCAAAGACAAGACAGGACCAAGUUGUAUAAAAAUCUGGAGGAAUAUACGGUGAAACUGAAGAUAUGCAUCUCCAAAGGUUUAAAAGUGUACUGUUUUGGUUCUUUUGUCACACGCUGAUCUUGGGACUUUAACUUGUUUUAAUAGAAAACAAAAAAAGUGGAUGUAGAUUUGUUGCUGGGAUGUACAUUUCAAUGCUUGCAUGCAGUUACACCUCCUAUUAACUUAUGUAAUAGUUUGAUGUUUUCACUUUCUUUUAUAUUAAAUCCAGAUUAAAAAGCAUUCCCUGAAAAUCUAA